GAAUUGGAGCUCCAUGGACGGAUUUAACAACUCCUCUGAUGAUUCUUGCAAGAUGCCAUGCAACAGAUAAACCCUACCAAAAAGCCCACAAAGGAAACCACAAUUUCAUAAACCCAACUUAAACCUUCCUCUGCAACUCUCUCCCGAAAACGAGACAGACCCAACAAAAAAUUUCGGAAAAAUACAAAAAACCCACCUUUUCUCCAUUGCCUUGAAAGUUGAAACCCAUUUCACCUUCAAAGUCCCUUCGUCUUCUGCAUCCAAGAACCCAGUUCUUUCUUUCUCCAUUAGAGCCCCCAAAAAGCUCUGUUUUAUUUUCUAUGGCCUCUGUUUUUUUGCUUUCAUCAUUCAAGCUUUUUGCCAGUGUUUUGGCACUGGAAAGCUGAGCUUUCUGGAGGCAACGGUCCUCAAUUUAGGGUUACAAACGGUCACUUUCAAAGGCAUCAUGAUUGUCUCUUAGGUGGCCCUCAAACCAGUCUAAUCACUUGUAGUUUUGAUGAUCAUCUAUCAAAACGGAGUUUUUUUCUAUGACCUUCUCUUGCAAAUAUAUUCUAUGACGAGAAAUAGUUUUUAAAGCAAGUUGCAGAGUUUGUGUCACAUAGAUUUGUGGGGGGUGCAGGAUCAGAGAGGAAGAUCCAGCAUCAUUCAUAUGAGGAGAUCUGUAAAUCUAUGGGAAUUUCUUGUGAUACUUGCAUCAAUUGGUGAGGUCCAAUGGGUUGUGGGAAGCUGCUCAUCUUUCGAACAGACAAGGGUUGCUGUGUUGAGGCCUCAUAGUGUCUCCAUAACUGAAUUUGGUGCAGUGGGAGAUGGGGUCACCCUUAACACAAAAGCUUUUCAGAAUGCCAUCUUUUAUCUUCAUUCCUUUGCUGAUAAGGGUGGGGCUCAGCUUUUUGUGCCCAAAGGAAGGUGGUUAACUGGAAGCUUUGAUCUCAUUAGCCACCUCACAUUGUUCUUGGAUGAAGGGGCUGUAAUUCUUGGAUCUAAGGACUCGGGCAAUUGGCCAGUUGUUGAUCCCCUUCCUUCUUAUGGUCGAGGUAGAGAGCUUCCCGGUGGUAGGCAUCGGAGUCUCAUUUAUGGAUCCAAUCUCACAGAUAUUGUCAUAACAGGUGAGAAUGGAACAAUUGAUGGGCAAGGAUUUAUAUGGUGGGACUGGUUCCGAAAUCAUACUCUGGAUUACACUCGACCUCAUCUUGUUGAGAUGAUGCACUCAAAAGGAGUGCUUAUCUCGAAUUUGACCUUCUUGAACUCCCCAUUUUGGGCCAUCCACCCUGUAUAUUGCAGCCAUGUACAUGUUCAGAAUGUUACAAUUCUUGCCCCUCCGGACUCCCCCAAUACUGAUGGAAUCGAUCCAGACUCUUGCACUGAUGUCUGCAUUGAGGACUGUUACAUAAACACUGGGGAUGAUUUGAUCUCCAUCAAAAGCGGAUGGGAUGAGUAUGGAAUCAUGUAUGCCCAUCCAUGCUCAGACAUAACCAUACGCCGAGUCAUUGGAGAGACCCAAAGCUCCGCUGCGGUAGCACUAGGAAGCGAGAUGUCAGGGGGCAUAAAAAAAGUUCACGUGGAAGACCUACAAAUUUUCAAUUCCAAAUAUGGUAUCAGAGUCAAGACAUCCCCAGGAAGAGGUGGUUUCAUAGAGGAUGUGUACAUAACCAACUUGGUCUUGAUGAAUGUGGAAAUAGCCAUAGGCUUCUCAGGUCAAUAUGGGGAGCAUCCGGAUGAUGGUUUUGAUCCAACUGCUCUUCCCUCCAUAAAAAGAAUCACUGUGAAGGGUAUCAUUGGUGAAAAUAUCAGUAGAGCUGGCGUUCUUGAGGGGAUUGAGGGUGAUGAUUUCAGUGACAUUUGCCUAAGCAAUGUCACUCUAAAUGUGACCUCUGAGCUCCCAUGGAACUGCUCCUAUGUUCAGGGGUACUCGGACUUGAUUUCACCAGAGCCUUGUGAGCCUCUUAGAGAGAAAAUCCCUGACUGGUCGGUUUGUUACAAACCUGGAAAUAAGAGAGUGGCGUCACGGAAAACAAUCCAAUUGGUUGAGGAUGUUGUGGAGCUUCUGUUCAUAUAGUUAGUGAGAGAUUGUCAUUCUAAAUAAAAAGGAAAAGCAAAAAAAGCAGUCAUUAUAAGAAUGCCAAUUAAAGAAACUUUGAUUCUUGCCUUAGAAUUUGACAUAACCAGGGUUGUUAUGCCUUGCAUAGAAAGCAUGCUUUGCUGACUUAUACAGUUAGAGUGAUGGGUCCCGAGACUGCCCUAUUCGGCGGUAGCGUUUGAUUAAUGUUUGGGAUCAUAACAUGAACUUGGAUUCUCCUGUGGAGGUUUGAGAUGAUUCUGAAGAUGUAUUUGUUUCUCUUGGGUUUGUUAUUUUAUGAUAGAAAAAUCAUGUGUGUAUU